GCAUGUUGGGUAUGAGCGUAGUAAGUGAUUGUUAAUGUGUCUCUAUGGUAACCGUACUAAAAGUAACAUCAAACUUUCCGACGGCAGCAAUGGAUAAGGACUUUAGACUGGAUGGAUCAUUAACGAGAUUUACCCAUGAAGACUGGACAUGUUCCAAUUUGAGAAAAUAUGCCAAUGCCAACACAGAAAGACAAAAUGCAGAAAGAUUGGUUGCAGAGUCAUUGCGUCUGCAAGAUGAAACAGAAACUCAAACGAAAAAGACACAGAAUGAUGUGAAUAAGAAAUUUGACCAACGCCUUGAUGAUUUAAAAUUCUGGAAGUCUGAGAUAGAUAAGAAAUUGGAUGACAUCUCUGAAGAAAUAGACUGCCUUGAGAGCUUUAAGCGUAGACUGGAGGCAGCACUUGAAAACUGUUGUAGCCCACUGAACAUUGCCAAGCAAUGUUUACUUUUCAGAGAACAUCGAGAGGGCAUUGAAUUGGUUCAUGAUGAUGUUCAGAAAGAGUUAUUGAAGGAAUGUGAGGUUAUCGAAGGAGCAAUAACAUUGCUGACCCGCACGAUAGAACAAAGCAAAGAACAAUUAUGCCGUAACCGAAAAGCCAGGUAUAACUUGCAGUUGGAUCUUAAAGACAAGAUGAGUGGAAUUAACAUUGAUGAAUACUGCCAACAACUUAAAAGCCAUUCCUCGGACAUAGACUAUAAUGAUGCUGCAGUAAAAAUAUCACCAAAAUCUGUAACGGUUGAUGAAUGGCAGGAAUUCUCCAACAAAAACAUUGAGAAAACAGAACAGGAAAGAGAAACCUCAACCAACCUCCGUUCGUUGAUUGAUGGCAUCCUUCAGCAAACUGCCAACGACAUGAAACAGCAGUGUGAUGCUGUCAAUUUGGCAUUUUCUCGUAGAAUUUCCGAAACUAGAGAUACCAAACAGAAGUUAGGAGAUAAUCUAAAUAAAAUACAUCAACAGAUUUUAGAACUUGAAGAAAACAUAAGCAGGUUGAUGAUUGCUAUAGCUGACAAGGAGCAGCCACUUAAGUUAGCUGAAACACGUCUUGAAAAACGGGACUUCCGUCCUAACAUUGAGCUCUGUCGUGAUCAAGUGCAGUACAGACUAAUUAAAGAAGUCCAUGAACUGCGCCUCUCUAUUAAAGAACUACAGAACUGUCUCUAUGAAUCAAACAGCACCAUGAAGAAAUUGCUUCAAAACCAGCGUGACUUGGAAGCGGAUAUUGAUGUUAAAGCCAAAUCAUUGUUCGUAGAUGAGGUGGAAUGUGUGGGCUUGAGGAAAAGCAUUAGCAUUCAAGCAUAUUAAAAGGAUUUCCAAUCAAAUGUUUUCAUGCUUGUAUUUGUACUCGCAGCAGCCCCUAGUUCCUUGUUUGCAGACUCUCCUUUUAGUUUUUAAUUUGAAGUCUUUAUCAGACAAGGCUGAUCAUGUAUGUGAGUGGAAUUCAUGAGAAAGAUUUUUCUUUUUAUGUUCCAUUUAAAAUGUCUGAGAAAUUUAACCAAAUUCCCUCUUUUACUGGUUAAAUUGCAUAACAAAAAUGUUAUAAUGAUCUAAAUUUAGUUUGCAUUAUUUAAAUUUUGUUUAUUAAUGAAUCUGGAAGAAAACUUAGUGGUCCUCUAACUUAGCAGUUUGACAAAUAGAGAUCGAUAAAAUAAGUACCAAAUUGAAAUAAUUACUGGUGGUCAUCAUAAUCAACAAAAUCUUUUGGUGAUGGUACUCCAGCAUAGACAUAGUCAAUUAAGAGAAACCAGUAAAACAAUGAAAUAUUA